ACUCAUAUAUAAACCUCCCUCAUUCUUUUCCCCUACAAAAAAACCUCCGUCUCCUCCACUUUCAUUGAUGAAACUCUGAAACUUCACUCACCUAAUAAACACGACUUCUCUCUCCAAAAUUUCCUCUUUUUUUCCUACCAAAUAUACCCUCAAAAAUACUACUUAUUUCCCUUUAAAACCUAACUUUUUUUUCUUCAAUCAAUAAAUUCAGCAUCAAAAAACCCUAAUUUUAUUUAUUGGAGGUGAGUUUCGCCAGAUCCCUUUCUCUUUCUCUCUCCUCCAAUUAACUUAUUCGGCAUUGCUACAAUACUAUCAAUUUGAAAAAACAAGAACUGUUAAUUUGUUUAAUUUGAUGAUAAAAUCUGGAAAUUUCAGUAUUGAGGGUUUUACGGGAGGGUUUAAGAUUGGGUUUUGUGUGUGAUUGUGAAUUCUAAUUAGGGUUUUUGGGAUGGAUUUGUUGAUUAAUCAAGAUAUGGAUGACUUAGAUAAAGGGAUUUUGAUUAGUUUUGAUGAAUCUGGGACUAUUAAUUCUGUGUUAAAGUCUCAAGCAAUUGAGUAUUGUCAACGAAUUAAGGAGAACCCAACAAUUUGUAGCAUAUGUAUUGAGCGUCUGUUUACUAGUAAAUUAGUGCAAGUUCAGUUCUGGUGCUUGCAAUCCUUGCACGAGGCGAUUCGAGGUCGAUAUUCGACCUCGAUGAGCCUCGAGGAGAAGCAGUUUAUUCGAAAAUCUGUAUUUGCAAUGGCGUGUUAUGAGGGGGUUGAUGAUAAUAAUGUGGUUGUUAGGGUAUUAGAUAGUCCUGCUUUUAUUAAGAAUAAGCUUGCCCAAGUGUUGGUUACUUUGAUUUAUUUGGAGUAUCCUUUGGUAUGGUCUUCAGUGUUUGUGGAUUUCUUGCCGCAUUUGAAUAAAGGGGCAGUGGUGAUUGAUAUGUUCUGUAGGUUGUUGAUUGCUUUGGAUGAUGAAUUGAUUAGUUUGGACUAUCCUCGCAAUGCCGAAGAAGUGGCUGUUGCGGGGCGAAUUAAGGAUGCUAUGAGGCAACAAUGUGUGCCUCAGAUUGUUAGAGCGUGGUAUGACAUUGUUACGGUGUAUAAGAGUUCGGAUGCUGAGCUUUGCGUUAGUGUAUUGGAUUCAAUGAGGAGAUAUAUCUCGUGGAUUGAUAUAAGUUUGAUUGCUAAUGAUGUGUUUAUCCCGUUGUUGUUUGAGUUAAUCUUGGUUGAGGGGUUGUCUGAGAAGCUUAGGGGUGCUGCUAGUGAUUGUGUUUUAGCUGUGGUAAUGAAGCGGAUGGAUCCACAAGCAAAGCUUUAUUUAUUAAGGAGUUUGGAGAUCAAUCGUGUGUUUGGUUUGGUAAGUGAGGAAGCUGAUACUGAGUUGGUCUCUAGCAUAGCCACUUUGCUCUCUGGUUAUGCAGCUGAGGUACUGGAAUGUUCGAAGAAAUCGAGUUCUGAGGAAGGUAAGCGAAUAUCAUCAGAGCUUCUAGAAGAGGUAUUGCCAUCAGUUUUCUAUGUGAUGCGAAGUUCUGAGGUGGGUGCAACGUUCAGUACUGUACAGUUCCUUGCUAGUUAUGUAGCUACAAUGAAGAAUCUGUCUCCAUUGACUGAAAAGCAGUUGGUUCAUGUGAGUCAGAUUUUAGAAGUGAUUAGGGCACAGAUAUGCUAUGAUCCCAUUUACCGAGAUAACCUUGACGUGCUGGAUAAAGAUGGAACAGAAGAGGAGGAAAGGAUGCUUGAAUUUAGAAAGGAUUUACUGGUUCUUCUCCGUAGUGUGGGGCGUGUAGCACCUGAUGUGACUCAUUUAUUUAUCCGAAAUUCAUUAGGUAGCGCAGUUGCAUCUUCUACUGAGAGAAAUGCCGAGGAGGUAGAAGCUGCACUUUCGCUUCUGUAUGCACUUGGGGAAUCACUGAGCGAUGAGGCAAUGAGAACAGGGAGUGGGGUCCUAGGAGAGUUAGUGCCCAUGCUUUUAUCAACAAGGUUCUCAUGCCAUUCUAAUAGGCUGGUUGCCCUUACAUAUUUGGAGACAAUUACGAGGUACAUGAAGUAUGUUCAGGAAAAUACCCAGUGCAUACCCAUGGCCCUGGCAGCUUUUCUUGAUGAAAGAGGUAUACACCACCCAAAUAUCAAUGUGAGCAGGAGGGCAAGUUAUCUUUUUAUGAGGGUUGUGAAAUUGCUGAAAUCAAAGCUUGUUCCUUAUAUUGAGACAAUUUUACAGAGUUUGCAAGAUGUUGUUGCUCGAUUUACUAGCAUGGAUUUUGCGGCUAAAGAGAUGAUUGGAGCUGAGGAUGGAAGUCACAUCUUUGAGGCAAUUGGCAUUCUGAUUGGGAUGGAAGAUGUUCCCCUUGAGAAGCAAACUGAUUAUCUUUCCUCAUUACUCACACCUCUAUGUCAGCAGGUGGAGACAUUACUCGUGAGUGGGAAAAUUCAGAAUCCAGAAGGUUCGCCAGCCACUAUUUUGAUUAUUCAGCAAAUUAUUAUGGCAAUUAACGCACUCAGCAAGGGUUUUAGUGAACGUCUUGUAACUGGCAGCCGUCCAGCAAUUGGUCUCAUGUUUAAGCAGACAUUGGAUGUAUUGCUCCAAAUUCUCAUUGUUUUUCCAAAAGUGGAAUCCCUGCGCAGCAAGGUCACAUCAUUUAUCCAUCGCAUGGUUGAAACAUUGGGUGUAUCUGUAUUUCCUUAUUUGCCGAAGGCAUUGGAGCAGCUGCUUGCAGAAAUUGAGCCAAAGGAGUUGGUUGGAGUCCUUGUAUUACUCAAUCAACUCAUAUGCAAAUUCAGCACCUCGGUUUACAACAUACUGGAUGAAGUAUUUCCUACCAUCGCCAGUAGGGCAUUCUCUGUUAUUCCAAAAAAUGGAUUUCCUUGUGGUGGACCAGGGAGCGAUGCGGAGGAAAUUCGUGAAUUGCAGGAACUUCAGCGAACAUUUUACACAUUUCUUAAUGUUAUAGCCACCCAUGAUCUGUCUUCAGUGUUCCUAUCUUCCAAAGGUAGAGUUUAUCUGGAUCCAAUCAUGCAGCUGUUAUUGUAUUCGUCUUGUAACCAUAAAGAUAUUACCGUGAGGAAGGCAUGUGUGCAGGUGUUUAUCCGACUAAUUAAAGACUGGUGCACCAGUCCAUAUGGAGAAGAGAAGGUACCUGGGUUUCAGACGUUUAUAAUUCAAAACUUUGCCUCAAAUUGCUGUCUGUACAGUGUGUUGGACAAGUCUUUUGAGUUUCGGGAUGCAAAUUCUGAAGGGGCCCACGUGGGGAACGGUCGAUUUUAUAGCUUGUUUUUACUGUAUAUAUUUCCUCAAGUUUUCUUACUUUCUAACUCCAUAUUCUAGAACGUAUGGGGCUUAUGUAAAUGUAAUGCACUCUAUUAUAAUCAAGAGCAAUUAUUGUUUAGAAAAUUCUAAGUUUGUGACCAUAGUGGUUAGAAUCCACUUGAGAUUAGCUUGCAUUAGUUGUAUCUAUGCUUUCUAGUACUUGUACUUCUUGUUUUUACGACUUCUUUGUAGGUUUCUCUUCCAUUAUGAUGUCACUGCAGUUUCAGGUUCGCUAGGAUAAACUGCUAUAUCACAUCUACCCUCUUUGUAGGUAUUGAUGGAUUGUUUCAUACCUUAACUCCUUAGAGGCUCGUAUUCUGGUUUUUUUGAGUGUUAGUGGCGCUUCUCAGGAAAGAGGAAGAAGUUCAAUGAAAUUCGCAAAAGCGCCUGUCUAGCCUACCUACUUCCAUAAAACAAUAUCGCAGACUCGCAGUUCUUUGAUUUAUUCAUGAAUACGCAAGAGAAAGCUUAUACAACUUUGAUGUAUGAGAUGAUGUUGUUAUUCCCUACCCUAAACUUGGCAUUGGACUUACGCUAGUCCUGCUUCGUCAUCUUGGUUCGCUUGGCAUCUGUGUGCACACAAGCCCAGUCAAUGCCUGACAUGCGAUCUUCUUGCCAAGAGGCAAUAGUGUAGCUUUCUUCUAGUAGAUCCUUGCUUUUGCUUGCUAAGCGCACACAAGCCCAUUCCUGUACUAGGCUUGCAUCCUUGCAGCCGAAAGGCAAGAGUGCGCCACAC